UGAAAAUGAGCGAUACCAGAAUGCUUGAGGUCCACAAUCCUCAUGUGUUUUUUUCUCGAAGCCAACACGAGGCGGAAUUUGGCCUGGCCAUUGAGGUUCACAACAGUCAAAAGUGGAACGAUUCAAAGUGAACUGUGGAGGGGUAUGAUGUAAUUGAUUGAAAUCAAUGGCCAAUCAUAUCAUCGCUGGCCCGCAGCAUCCUUCCUGUCCUGCAUCUCGAAUUCGCAACUUAAUUGAUGGACUUCAUGUUGGAUACUGAGCAACUCUGCAGUUAUUGUCCAUAUUUCAGCCAUAUCGGGGGGAUCAAAAAUGAAUUUCUCUCCUCUGUUCCAUCGCUAUUUUGGCAUUAGGAGCACCAAACUUGGGAGAGUCUUACCUCAAACUGAUCAUCUGUCAUAAACAAAACCAAUGACGCAGUUGUCAAGGUGACCGGUUCUUCAACGGCAGGUAACAGGUAACGCAUCCUAUGUAGGCAAAGUAACACACCUUCAUCCAAUCCAUCGACGCAAGACCACUGCUUCAAACAGAUGGGGUGGCAACUUGGAGCUCAAUAAGGCCAAUCGGCUGGUUUUUGUUCAACCUGGAAAUCUACAAUUCCCUGCCUCGUGUAUCCCAACGUGCUUUGCUUCCCCGCAACAUCCGCAACACUGAAACCAGAAGUAAAAGGCAGCCACUGACGGGCAGUUUCCCGAGCAUUCCAUCCCGUCUCCACUACUGAUAGGAAACCCUUCCUUGAACACAAAACACCGACCUUCCUACCAUUGCUUCUUGACAACCCGACAAUCCAGCAAGUCAUCAACUUCUCGAAGUCCUGGAAAUACACGCUGAACCGGCAAAAUGGAUCGCUUCCACCAAAUUAACCCGUUCGCCAAGCGUGACUCCCACACUACAACCUCCAUCACGACCUACAAGGUCCUCUCACUUCUCACCUGGCUCUUGUCCGUCGUCACCACCGUUUACUACGAUACCCAUGCGCCUGCCGACGGAAAAUACCUUGGGGGUAACAUUUGGCACCAGAACUAUCAUCACUACUCUGGCUUCACCCAAAAUGCAGUCAUUACCUCCAUCUACUUUGUCGUCAUGUUUAUCCUCCAGUUGAUCUAUACCUCUCACCUCUUCUCCUCUGAUGCCACAAUCGUCAACGCCGCGGCUUCCGUCGGCAGCCAUUUCAUUCUCAACAACCUCCUCCAUUUCGCCUGGGUUAUGCUCUUUGUCCGGUCGCACUUUGUCUGGUCUGAGAUCAUCUUGAUCAUCAACUUCUUCAACCUGUCAAGCUUGUACUUCCGCCAUGCGACUUACACCAAGCUUAUCCACGCAGGAGCUGUGAGCUGGCCCUUGGCCUGGACGUUUGUGGCGAUCUACUGGAAUGGAGCGAUCAUGGUUCCCCAUCAGCAUAGUCUUGUUGCCAGGAUCUUUGCCAAUGUCUUUAUUUGGAGCUUGUUGGGCUAUGGCUUGUUCUUCAUCUUUUUAUACAAGGACUACACCAUGGGGUUUGCUCUCAGUGUCUUGUCAGCUUCCCUGGGCGUCGCGCAGUUUUUCAGACAGAUCAUUGCGUUCCAGUGGAUCUUUGCAUUCACCAUCAUGUCGGUGCUGUUUGUGGCUACUGUGUUGGUUGCCGUGCCGGCUUGGACUGGGCGGGAAGACUUCUUCGGCAAUAGGAGAGAGCCUGUUGGAGAUGCCGAGAGAGCGCCUCUGUUGGCUGACAAUUAGGGGUUUUUGAAGAGGGUGAGGUACAGAAUGAGUGAGAGCUGGAAGCGGAUAUGGAGUCGUCCAUAAAGGACGAACGGUGUUUUAGUAAUAGGGAAUGGU